AUGUCUCCCUUUGCCGUAGGUUUGGAAUGGGACAUUGUUGAGGGGGCAGGUGUCGAAAUGGCAGCGGACGUCCCUUCCUUGAGCGCCGGGGUGGCUUCUGGGACGUCUGGAUCAGGCGCGCAGUCUGGAGGAAGCAUCAUCCCGAGAGCGAACAAGAGGAGGCCGGGGCUUGAUUUUGACGACGACGGCGAAGGGAACAGUAAAUUUCUCAGAUGCGACGAUGACCAGCUCCCAAACGACAAGGAGAGAUUUGCCAGGUCUGACGAUGAGCAGAGUUCAGCGGAUAAGGAGAGACUGGCCAGGGAGAACCACAGCGAAAUCGAGCGGCGGCGGCGGAACAAGAUGACGGCCUACAUCACCGAGCUCUCCGACAUGGUGCCGACCUGCAGCGCCCUGGCCCGCAAGCCCGACAAGCUCACCAUCCUGCGCAUGGCCGUCUCGCACAUGAAGUCCCUCCGGGGCACCGGGAACACCUCCACCGACGGCACCUACAAGCCCUCUUUCCUCACGGACCAGGAACUCAAGCACUUGAUUCUGGAGGCGGCUGACGGGUUCCUCUUCAUCGUGUCCUGCGAGACCGGCCGGGUGGUCUACGUCUCCGACUCAGUGAUGCCCGUCCUGAACCAGCCCCAGUCCGAGUGGUUUGGCCGCGCGCUCUACGACCAGGUGCACCCCGACGACGUGGACAAACUGCGGGAACAGCUCUCCACCUCAGAGAAUGCGUUAACAGGUCGCAUCCUCGAUCUGAAAACCGGGACCGUCAAGAAGGAAGGGCAGCAGUCCAUGCGGAUGUGCAUGGGUUCCCGGAGGUCCUUCAUCUGCCGGAUGAGGUGUGGCAACACCGCGGUCGACCCGGUCUCCAUGAACCGCCUCAGCUUUAUGAGAAACCGAUGCAGGAACGGCUUAGGUGCUGCCAAGGAUGGCGAGCCCCACUUUGUCGUGGUCCACUGCACGGGCUACAUCAAAGCCUGGCCCCCGGCAGGGGUCUCGCUGCCGGAUGACGAACCGGAUGCCGGGCAAGGAAGCAAGUUCUGCCUCGUGGCCAUUGGCAGGCUCCAGGUCACAAGCUCCCCCAGCUGCGCGGACAUGAGCACCGUGUGCCAGCCGACCGAGUUCAUCUCCCGGCACAACACCGACGGCAUCUUCACCUUCGUCGACCAUCGCUGCGUGGCCACGGUCGGCUACCAGCCGCAGGAGCUCUUAGGGAAGGACAUCGUAGAGUUCUGCCACCCAGAAGACCAGCAGCUCUUGCGGGACAGCUUCCAGCAGGUGGUGAAGUUAAAAGGCCAGGUUCUGUCCGUCAUGUUCCGUUUCCGGUCCAAGAACCGAGAAUGGCUCUGGAUGAGAACCAGUUCCUUUACCUUCCAGAACCCGUACUCGGACGAGAUUGAGUACAUCAUCUGUACCAACACCCACGUGAAGAACUCCAGCCAAGAGACCCGGCCCGCCUUGUCCAACCCAAUGCAGAGGCCGCAGUUGGGCCAGAACGUCAGCCUGCCGCUGGAGAUGGGUUCGGCGCAGCUGGCGGGGAGGCCGCUGCCAUCUCAGCCGGCAGAGCUCGACGUGGUCCAGGGAAGGGAGAGCAUAGCCAGUUACGAACACUCACAGGCUGUCGUUCAACCUGUGAGCAGCGCCGGCUCAGAGCACAGCAAGCCGCUGGAGAAGACAGAGACCCUCUUCAGCCAGGAGAGGGACCCUCGUUUCGCUGAAAUCUACGGCAGCAUCAGCACAGACCAGACGAAAGCCCUCUCUGCCAGUUCGGUGCCUGCCAGCCAGUCUCUCUUCUCCCAGGGGAAUGCGUUUAACGCCUCUCGCCCAGCCGAGAACUUCAGGAGCAGCGCCAUGGUGGCCCCCGUGAACGUCGCCCAGCAGCCCACGACGCAGCAGCCGACAUCAGCGGGUCAGAUCCUGGCCCAGAUCUCUCGCCACUCCAACCCCAGCCAGGUCUCCGGGACGAACUGGGCUUCAGGGACCCGCCCGUCUUUCGCAGCCCAACAAGUGGCUUCCCAGGCUGUGAAGCCGCGGCCCUCGUCCUUCUCCAUGGGCGCCUUCCAGACCACCCCGUCCUCCUUCAGUCCGAUGUCGACCCCAGGCUCCACCGCCUCGCCAGGCGGGGCCGCCUACCCGAGCCUUUCCAACCGAAGCGCCAGCUUUGCAGGAGAGAGCGGGCCGACCCCCUCCCAGUUCCAGCCACGGGCAGCAGAGGGCGUCGGCGUGUGGCCACAGUGGCAGGCCCAGCACCACGGUCCGGGGUCGGGCGAGCCGCACCUCCCGCAGCAGUCAAGCCAGCCGGAAGUCUUCCCGGCGUCGAUGUUCCGAUGUUCCUGGCAUCUCCAGUGUCUGGUCGAGGUCUUUUCGGUCUGGCGGCUUUCUUUCUAG